UAUCACAUCAGAAGAAAAUGGCCGGAAUACCAGCAGAAGAAGAAAUUGGAGAUCUUCAUUAUGCCGCCGUACAAGCAACAAUAAACCAGUUUUAUGAGUUUCAUAAUCAACUUUGCAGGGAUGGUGAUGAUCUUCCCGAUCAGAAUGCAGUCGCCAAGAUGCAAAACGAGGGUGCCAUUUUGUUUCCAAAGAAACAAGUCGGCAAUCUUCCAGGGGUUGGUAUUGGCCAACAAUUUUUCGCUUGGGGCGAACUGGAUGCAGUUGGAUUUCAUAAUGAUUUCCCGGAGCAGGAAGAAUACAGAAAUUAUACUUACCCCAUAGCUACUUCAAUAGUUGUGUCGUCCAAAAGGUGUUAUGAAGAAGUAGUGGAGUACUAUAUCAACCAAAGCAGCCUGGAUUUUGACGAUAAAUUUCGUGCUCUCAAGAACAACGAGGAGCAACGAAUUCCUAUACGAUUAAUUCGAAAACAUAAGCAUGAGGACAAAUCUGUUGGAAUGGUUUAUACGUAUGACGGAUUAUAUGAUGUAGUUAAAAGUUGUGCCGAAGAGGGUGUUUCCCACAGGGUUACGUAUUGUCUCAACCGUCGUGAGGCACAAAUGUUAACCCUCAACCAGGAUCGAUUUCUUAUAGGCCGUCCUUUCGGAAGAGAUAUCAAUGAUAUAGCUGGGAUAUUAUGCGAAGAUAUUAGUGCUGAGGACCCGGAGAGAAUACCUAUCAUAGCAACCAAUGAGGUUGACGAUGCACCGUGGUGUACAGAUUUUAGAUAUAGCAAAUCUAUGGUAUUCUCCAAAAAUGUGGAGAGGCCAAAAGAUUCCAUUGGCUGCGAUUGUCAAGGAAACUGUUCAGAUGCCAUGACUUGCUCUUGUGCACGACUUAACGUCACGCGUCCAUACUCGUCAGAUGGCAGAUUACCGAAUAAAAUCCCAAUAAUAUAUGAAUGUGGAAAGCACUGUGCUUGCGGUCCUAGUUGUCGAAUAAAAAAAACCCAGGGUGGAUUACAAUACCGGCUGGAGGUCUUCCGCACUGAACAAAAAGGUUGGGGUGUGAGAACACGGGAUCACAUUCCUGAUGGCACGUACCUGGGCGAAUAUGUGGGGAAGAUCCGGACGGAUAAGGAUGCAGAUAAAAAACCUGAUACAUACCUCUUUGAUAUCGAUCCACAGGUGAAGAAGAGAUCAACAAGGGAUGCUAAGUUUUGCAUAGAUGGGGAGAAAGUUGGGAACUUUGUGCGCUUUAUCAAUCACAGUUGUGACCCCAAUCUAUUCGUCCAGAGUAUAUUGAGUGAUCACUACGACAUUAACUACGCACGGAUAGUGUUGUUUGCUGGAAGGAAUAUAGCUCCGAUGGAGGAGCUUACCUACGAUUACGGCUACAAGAUAGACGGUGUGAAAAAUGCAUGCUUGUCAGUUUUUAUCAUGCUUGUGGCAUAUGGUUGGAGGGAUUAG